AACGAAAAGAAGUGUACGUCUAGGCUAGACCCACCGAAGAUUGCUUGAUUUAAGCAGGAAAUGGCGACUGUUUUAACGGAGAAAAGUAAUAAUAUUCAAGUUGAGAUUGUCUCUCAAACAAAUUGCGUAAAUACAAUUUCUACAUCUAAAUGUCCACCGCAAGUUAAAAAGAAACCUUCUUGUCGCUUGAAAAAGGGCUUAAAGGUUUGGAUACAUGACAAACAAGAAGUUUGGGUACCAGCUUGUGUUGUGUCCUGUAUGUCAGAUGAACGGAUAAUAGUCAAAAAAUCUGAAGUGGAGGAUGUUGUGAUUCAUGGUAAACCAGGCUACCCAGUACUGUAUGGCUCCACUGAUUGGAUAAAUACCGAGGAUCUUGCGUUACUUAACCCAUUGUCUGAGCCUGCUGUGCUUUACUGUUUGCGUGAGAGAUACUUGGCUGGGCGUUAUCACACUCAGACGGGAAGUACACUUGUUGCUGUGAAUCCAUUCAAGGAGACAGGUCUCUAUGCUGCUUACGUGAUACAUCAAUACCAUUUGAACCCAAAGGUUCAACGACCUCAUGUAUAUGGAGUUGCGGAAGCAGCGUUCAAUAAUCUGAGUAGAAGACUAGGAAAUAUUAAUCAGUCAAUUAUUGUCAGUGGAGAAAGUGGUGCUGGAAAGGUACAAGAUAUUCCAACACAAGUGCAUAAGGCACAUAACCCGCUACAUAACGAACAACUUGUUCUUCGUUUUGGUCCAGAGGUUUGGGUUCUUGCACCUUGGGCUUUGGCAUGUCCUUGUCAUGGCGAUCUGUCAGAAUUAAACUUAGCAGAGUUCUCAUUACAAAGUGAUUUAAUGAACCAAUAUGCUGGCAUUCUGUAUUCAAGUCUAAUGAUUCCAUAA